AUGCGGUGCGGUGAUGGCCUCGAUUCACGAACUACACCAGGAGUACCGGAGAACGAGUGCCACGAGGAGUCCUCUGACUUCAAGUGCGGGAUGACUCCUUCCUCCACCGCCGUUAGCAGCAGCGAUACGGAGAGAGCUACAACCGCUGUAGGCAGGAAGUUGGAGCAGUGCGCAGGAUGGGUCCAGGAGGCGAGGGAUUAUCUACGAGGGAGAAGGCUGUUCACGCUCUUGGCAGUGGUGAACCUGGUGAACUACCUCGAUCGCGGGAAGGUCAUUCCCGGAGGCAGCGAGGAGUUCAACGGGUUCAUCCAGAAAACCUUGCACACCGAUCGGCCGGACGUGUUUCUCGGGAUCCUGCAGAGCGGCUACAUAUUAGGUUUCAGCGCGGCGUGCUUCGUCUUCACGAGUCUCGCGAGGCGACGGAGCCCGUUCAAUCUCAUGGCCGCCGGCCUAGGGAUGUGGUGCGGGGCAGCGGUGUUCGCCGGCGUGGCGAAGCCCUUGGGGAGCUACGCGGUCCUCCUUAUGGCUAGGCUGCUGUCGGGCGUGGGCGAGGCGAGCUUCGUGACCGUGGUUCCGCCCCUUAUCACAGACACGGCUCCCCCGGGGGAGCGGGGACUGUGGCUUGCCCUCUUCUACACCGCACAGCCAGUGGGGGCCGGCAUCGGAUACGUCUACGGCAGCGCCUUGGCAAACUCCGGCUUGGGCUGGCCCUGGGCUUUCUACUUAGAGGCGUUCUUCAUGGCCCCGCUCGCGAUGGCGUGCUCCCUCGUCCCCCGCGACCGCGCCAUGGCCGUCUCCAACGCCUUCGACCACGGCGCCUCCCCCGGCUCACCCGCAACCCCUACCACGGACGCCACCGGAAACCUUAGCGGCAGCCCUAAGGAUGGGGAUAGCAGCGGUAUGGCUGAGUCGCCCACGGUGGAGCAGGGUUACGGUUCGCCGGCGAGGGUAGGGUCGUCAUCGGCGGUUUCAUCGUCCGUGGCUAUGCCUUGUCCCGAGGGAAACCUUCGUAGACGCCCGGACAGAGAAAAGAAGCGCCUUCUUGGUGUUCGUGACGGCGCAAAGGGCGGCGGCGGCGGCAGCGGCAGCAGUAGCAGUAGCAGCAGCAGCAGCAGUAGCAGCAGCAGCGGGGAAGGCGAGGGCUCGUCAUCCUCCUGGGGCUUGCUUGAGCACGAACCAGGCGGGUGGGCGGGAGAAAGAGAUAAAAGUUGUGAAGAAGACACGGCCGAGUUGGCGAGGGGGGGAUCGCAGAGACAUAAUCCCGCGGAGGUCGAUGGAGGAGGAGGAGGAGGAGGAGGAGGAGGAGGAGGAGGACGCGCUUCUAUCGUGGCGGAGGGUCAUGAUUCGACGGUGCCCCUCCUGGGGUCCCUAAACAGCGGACAAUCUCCGUGCUGCUCUCCGGGAGAAGACUCGUUCGGAACGACAGCAGCAGCAGCAGGAAGAAGAAUAAGAAGAAGAAGAAGCCCGCAACCUACCACCACCAGCAGCACCACCACUGGUAGCAUCUUGGCGCUGCAAGACGUGGUCGAGGUCGCGGACCGACCGGUUUUCUGCCUCGUCGUUCUCGGGUCGGCGGCGACGGCGGCAGUCUCCGUCGGCAUGUCGACGUUCUGCACCUCGAUCGUGACGAGCCUAGAGUUCCUGCCCUCGGAGAGCGCCACGGCGGCUACCUUCGGGUGCGUCAUCUGCGCCGCGGGCUUGGUGGGGACGCCCGCCGGUGGCGCGCUGAUCGACGCGGCGGAUCCGGAGGGGAGGCUGGGGGACGAGAAGAAGCUGGCCAUGGUCCUGUCGCAGGCGACCGCGCUCAUGUGCGUGGCCACCGUCCUUCUGGUGGCAUCUACGGUGCAAUCGUCCCUGAUCCCGUUCCUUUUCUUCUUCUUCUUCGGAGGAGCCCUCCUCUUCGCUACGGCCUCACACUCCAACCUCGCGGUCAUGCUCUCAUCGCCGAGACACCUCCGCCCGCUCGCCAUCGCCGCCAACUCCAUCUUCAUGCACGCUCUCGGCGACGUCCCUUCCCCAACCCUCAUCGGAUGGGCCAAGGAUGCGCUCGCGCCGCAUUGCGUCGCCGGGGAAGCGGUGUCCGGUAGCAGCGCAUUCUUGGGGGGUUCUGAGUCUGUUGUUGGUCCCGCCGCAAGGGGGUUGGGGGGGUUGCUGCGGGCGGAGAAUGUGUUAGGUGGGAUCAGCGAUGCCUGCAGGAGCGAGAGGCGAGGGCUACACCUAACCUUGUUGGUCAUCGCAUUAUGGCUGCUGUGGACAUGCCUCUUCUUCGGCCUAGCUCGGGCCGUGCAGCAGAGCGCGCUGGAGCACGGGGUGCUCCCUGUAUCGUGGGGCGACGUCAGGGGUUUGAUAUCGAAGGGUUUGCUUCGCCCUGGUUGGCCAAGUCGAUGGCGGAUGUGGUGGCGGGAACGUGGGCUAUCCGUGCAACGGAAGUCAGCUCUCUGGAUAGACGAAAUCGAGGACGGCGGCUACGUCGAUGAGGUCGGUUCGAGCCUGGAGGAAGCUUUGCUGCCGCCGGCAUCGUUACCGUUACCGUCGCCCCUCACGCCUACCUCGCUCGUUGACUAGACUACUAAUAGCGGUUGGGGACUGAGGGGGCUUGAGGGAGGGGCGGGCGCCUCUGCGGGGGAAUGGAUGUGAUGUGAUGUGACUCAUGAGAUAUUAACGCCGCAAUAUUCCUGCAAUAUCCUUGCGCCCUUUGACGUUUCUCGGGAGUAAAUUAUUUUUUUGUUGGAACAUUAAGCGGUCGAUCUGACGUCUUUGAGGAGUGAGUAGUGUCGGUACCUGACAUCUUUGGGAAGUGAAUUGUAUCAGGACAUGAGGCGGCCCACCUACCACCUACCGCAGUAUUAAUACGUGUACAAAUCAAGGCUUUACAUUUGCCCGCCGGUGCUGUUCUGAAGGUCUACGACGUGAACAUUAGGCACCGCCUGUGGUAUGAGGUGGAGAGUUUUGUCAGCCAAAUUGCAGUUGGAGGGAUGCAAGCCCAGAGGUGCUAGUGGCGCAGGCAACGAUCACGUGUGUCGUGUGUUUGUGUGUGUCGGUGUAUUGUGGCAUAGACCGCACUAACCGGCUGACCAAUGAAAAGGCGUCAGUCUCAAGUGCGGUUGGAAUCAGAAAAAUAAGUAAAUACACUAUAUAUAUAUAUUUUUUUUUUUUUUUCUCCCAUCAUGGGAUUCUGUCGUCUGCUCCUCUGGCACCUAUCCUCCACUUCUACUAUUUAGCUAGACGUCCCAACCGGGGUCACAUAGGAGGGGGGGGCUGGACCCCCUCCUGCGGUUCCUGCCUGAGGUAUUUUUUUCAAGAGAAGGGUACAGCAAUCCCUUCCCUCGCGACUUAGAAAGUCGAUUACGGUUUACUAACAACGAGCUUUGCAACGCGUCGCUUUCAUCCUAGACCAGGAUGUAUAAGUGAGAAAUAUAUAGGUGUGUGUGUCUCAUGCACAGCGUAGGCCGCGCUAAGAGAUAGCUGGCUGAUGAAGUGUCAGUCCCGCGGUAUGCCCGCUUUGAGCCUGUCUGUGCUUCUCUGAUUUUGUAGCACAGUUGACGACGCUAGCUCGUUGACGGAUGGUGUGUGUUCUUUGUUUUUUGUUUUUUCGUAUGGAGUGGUAGCCUUGUCUCAAAACCAUAGCUGUAAGUACAAAUGUUGAUGCGAGGAACAGAGCAGGAGCGAUCUGCCUCCAGCCCGUGCCUGUUUCAUAGUGAAGACGAUUAUGGAACCUUUUGUACAUAUCGAGGAAAGUGUUGGUACGGCCCAUUCUGAGAUUAAACCGGGCGUGUUUGUGAG